GGGCUGCGGUUCAUCUUCGCGCCGUUCGGCGGCCUCGCCUCCGUGAGCCUGGAGGAGGAACGGCUCCCCGGAGACGGCCCCGACGCUCCCGUCACCCGGCUCGGGUACGUGAAGCUGCGGAACGAGGCGGCCAUGGAGAAGGCCGUCGCCAAUCUGCACCAGACCAGGGUCGGCGACGGCGACCUCGUCGAGGAAUGCAUCGUGGAAUGCCGCCAGUGGCACCCGCGAGGCUGGUCCGACGGCUCCUUCCUGUCCUCGUUCUUCGUCGACCAGCUGCCGAUGAGCCGGAGGCCCACGGAGCCGCUGCCCGGCCCCGACGACGCGGAGCUGUACGUGAAGAACCUCCCGCUCCAGGACAUGGAUAGGCAGCAGCUGGUGGAGUACUUCGAGGGAUUCGGCGAAGUCGAGGACCUCUUGCUGAUCAGGGACCACUUCACCGCCGAGCCCACCGGCGAAGGGUACGUGCGCUUCAAGAACCACCGGGAUGCCCAGCGGUGCAUCGAGGCGCUGACGCCGGGUGACGGCGACGAGGUUGAUCCGAUGGACCUCACCGGCCGCUGGUCCGAGUCGGAGCGGGCCCUGCAGAAGAAGGCCAACUGCUACAGGUUCAACGUCGUGGCGGAGCUCGUCGGCGCGGACGGCUCUGGGCUCGACAGGCUGAAGAAGGAGGCCAAGUUGAAGAGCUUCUGGGUGCUGGCGGAGUGCCUGACGCAGAAGGAUCGAUUGGCACCUGCUCCAGAUGGUCGGCAGCUGCACUUCGCCGCGCGCUGCCCCGACGAGGCGAGCGCCAGGGCCUUCCGCGACCUGCUCGAGAAGACGCUGGAAGAGACGCACGCGAGAAUCUCGGAUCGCAUGGAGAAGCGCAAGAGGAAGGCGCAGGAGUUGGUCGCCGCGCCCGCCGAAAAGAAGGCGCCGGCGCAGCCGCGGUCGAGCGCGGAGGCGCCAAACGGACAGCCGCCGUGGCACGCGCCGCCGGCCGCUGGCGGAUGGCCGCAGGCCGGCAGCGGCUGGGGCGGCGGCUGGGGCGGCGCCUGGCAGGGUGCGCCUGCCACCGCUGGCUCUGGAGGCGCUGCCCCGCCGCCAGGGUAUCCUGGCUACCCUGGGCCCGGAGGCGCGCCGCCGUGGGCCGCCCCGCCGGCCCCGGCGCCAGCGCCUCCCGCGGGCGCCGCGCCCGCGGGGCCCUCGGUCUUCGAGCAGCGCGCGCAGGGUGCGGCGCAGGAGAAAGACGGCGACAAGAGACAGAGCCGGAGCCGACGAAGGAAACACCAUCGCAAGGACGGUGCCGAGAACAAAGACGUUGCCGAGAAGGAGAGGCGGCACCGCAGCGGCAGCAGGAAGCGCCGGCGGCGGCGCGGAGAGGAGCCCGCGGCGCGCAGGGGUUCAGGGGCAAGGUUGAGGCGGGCAGACUGA